AUGCUUGUUAUUGAUUGGCUUCAAACAUGUGAAUUUGUUCGCGAAAAUUCAGAACGUUUUAUCUUAUAUUGUUUAUGUGGUUGUUUAGUUGGUAUUAGUAUUAUUUUUAUGACGAUUAUUAUUGUUUUAUAUAUUGAUAAACGUUUUAAAAUAAAAUCUGAUUAUCAAUCAUCAACAAUGAAUAUGGAGUGUGAUGAUGAUGAUAAACCUUAUUAUUUACCUGUUUAUCGUUAUAAUUGUCGAACUCAUAAUGAUUUUAGUCAUGUAUAA